AUGACCGACGACGACGACCGCGACACCCGCAACCACACCAUCCUCAACGCUCUCCUCCGCCAGGCAUACCACAAAGGCUAUAGCGCAGGCGUAUCAGCCCUUGCCGCCCACCAGGCUAUCGACCCUCCUUCCGCCUCUUCUUCCUCCUCUACCCCUCCCGCUCCUGCCCCGGUGGAACCACAAUCAACAAUGGCCAAAGACCGUCCUAGGAGAUAUGCCCCAGACUCGUGUUCCCCCGGCUAUCCCGCCGAACUACCUCCAGCCGGAAUAAGACCCACGCUUAUCAUGACGGUCCUUGCCGGGGGUUCUCUCUGGUUUGCCUUGCGCACUCGGCGUCGCGUAAAGGGUCUCGAGAGGAGGAUCAGAUAUCUCAGCUCUGAGCACCAUACACAAAGCAUGGAGAAGAGUAUCCAAGAGGUGCAAGGUGCUGGCUCGGGAAGCUUGGGGACGCGAGGGAUAUUGGUCAAGUCUCCUGCAAAGAUUGGUGGGGCUACGUCGAGUGAUGCUGGAGUGUCCUCCGCGUCGGUGGAGCAAGGACUUUGGUCUUCCUGGGAUGGGCAGCAACGUUCUGAAGAGGACAAGACUCCUUCGGCUCCCUCCACUUCUUCCAAGUCCUCCACAGCACCCCUCAAUAGCACAUCUUAUUCUUCUAGCUUCCAGAACGACGAGACCGGCAACCACAUCAACACCACCAACCCCGCCGACAUCAAUCGUCACCAUCAACCCGCCCCCACGCACAGACUUACCACCCAGCCCGAUACUGCUACCGCCGCUGACGAGAACAAAGGCAAUGAGAGGGAUCAAUUCGAAAUCAAUCCCGCAUCCAUCCCACCCGCGGCCAAGAAGCAGAGUAGGGAACACAUCUACGCUAUGGGCGAUAUACACAAAGCUAUGGCGGAGCUUCGUGCCCAGCACACAUCCAAGUCUGAGUCUGAGAUUGUGGCUGAGAACGAGGAUGGGGAUGGGAUUGCCAAAAGUUCGAACCCCGGGAGUCGCCACGAAAGCGUCAUUACGUCCAAACGCCAGCUCGCUCGGGAUAUGAAUGCUGCUAGGAUUGAGGUUGAAGGUGAACAGGCGGUGGGUGGGAAACAAACAAAGACAUCGACAUCGACAACGACAAGGGCUGAGCCAAAGACGGGCGAUGAGAAGCCGCUUCGUAAAGUGCUAGAAGACGCUACUCGGGCGAGCGAUGCGAGACUACUUUCUGCCGCGCAGAAGCAGGAGGAGCUGAUGAUUGCUUAUAAGGAUACGGAAGCUGAUCUUUUAUCCCCUCGUCGACCGCUGCAACCUCCCAAAAAGAAGGAAGGUGAUCACCUGUUCUCUGUUGGGGAUAUCCAUACGGCUAUACAAGAGCUUAGCGGCCGACAUGCUGCUUCUCCUUCUUCUUCUUCCUCAGCAACAACAUAUGCUGAGGCUGAGACUAAGAAGAAUACCAAGAAGGACGAUGAGAGCGCGAAGGAUGGUGCAAAGAAGAAGACUGGGAAGGGGAAGAAAGAUACAGAGAAGAUUACGGGAAAAGAGACGGAGAGGGGGGAUGGAAAUCUUCGGCCCGUCCAGCCCACCGCCACCGGAACAGACACAGCCACCGCAAACGAUGCUCUCAGCCCCAGCAGCGCCCCCAUACCCAACGCUUCCAACAAGUCCUAUCCUGAAGGGCCUGUGACUAGGGCUUCUCUCGCGCGCAUGUACAAGUCGUCGCCCGUCGAGGGCACUGUGGCCGAAACCUCGAGCGGACGCACGCCCCUGUCCGAGUCCACGUCCACUAUCGACACUACGACUUGUUCCCCUUCUCCAUACGCCAACCCUCUUGCGCACGACGAGUCGACCACCGAGGGAGCCGUUGCAUCGGAUUCGAAAGUCGACCAGGAAAGUGCUGGGAUAGAGUUGAAGAGGAAGAAGAAGGAGAAGCGGGAGAGGAAGAAGGCGGAAAAGAAGGAGCUGGAGGCGAAGGAGAAGGAAAUGUCAGAUGCCGAGCAGGAGGGGAGGGUUGUUCAAGAUGAUACGAAGGGAGAGUCUUAUGCUUCAUAUAGCGCUUUUUCUCCUCAUUCUGAUACCUCUGAGAUUCCCUCCUCCGUCCUUGACAGACUGAACAAGGCCAUAGUUGAGGCUACAAGAUUGUUCGAAGGUAAUGACAAAUCGGCGCAAAAGGAGGCAGCUGCAGGACCAAAGAAGUGCAGCACCGAGAUUGAAACCCUCUGCAUCAAUCCCAACUCCAACGAGAGAUGGUUCUUCCUGCUCAACUCCACCAACUUCACUCCCUCUCCGCCUGCUUAUUCCGCUCCCUCCUCCCCGGCGUCCCCACCCCCUCAUCCUUCUGUCAACACCGCUGGGAGUGCAUAUCGACCCGGCGUGGGCUCGUCUUCGCUCUACUCUUCCGUCAGUCAUCGACUGGGCCACCUCACUUCUGCCGCAUACACUUUCCGCCUCCCCAAUUAUCCAAACCCGUCAUCCUCAUCACUCUCGUUUCCCACUUCUACGCAUUCGCGCCACGUGUCUGAGAAUGGGAGCCCAGGGAGUGAGUCGCCAGUGUACGGCAUGCCGGGUGAAGAGUUGCUAUCGGUAUUCAGAAGAAGGUCAGAGACAGAUCUCGGGAGGGAGGUCUUCAAGAGAGUUGGUUGGCGUGGUAUAAAAGGGGAGGCUGCUUUGUUUUCCGGCAUGUCCUACGAGAUAGGAAAAGGUGCUGGGAUUGGAACUGGGUACAAACGCACGUGGGUGGACGAGGUCUCAACGUGGAUAGUGCCGACCGUUAUCCGUCCGUCUCGAGAUGGUCGCCGCGCGCUUGUCUAUCUCGACGGGCAGUGGCGCGAAGCGAGAGCUGUGCACGAGCUCAAGAGCCUCCCUGGAAGCUUGGAUCGGGAGGAGGCCGAUGGAGAGGACGGGAGAGGUGUUUGGCUUUGGGUUGUGGAUGUGUAAACCCGCGGGAUACUUGUGGACAAUACGACAAAUACGACAAGAAGCAGCGAGAGAAAUGAAGAGAAAGAAUGGGAAGCGAAAGAGGAGCUGAGGUGGAGUAAAAGAAAGAUAUGUUGUGUAAAACAAAAGUUGUGCUGUUCAUCUAUACGUUUCACCUGUAGUUGUAUAUACCUUUACUUUUCACGUUGUAAAUGCACCAUUCCAUUGC